AUGGCCCGCCUACUUUGGACAGAUCCAUUUUGGAAUGGAAAACGGAAACCAUUCAUAAUUGGCGUGGUCAUGUCAUCAUUAUCAGUCAUCGUGAUGUUCUUUGUCGUCAUGUCGUAUCUCUACGGUUCUGUUUGGAGGAGUACGCACCGAGCGAGUCAUUUGAAUAUCUUGGCAGUCGAUUAUGAUGGAGGGGUCGUUGGGAAGUCCUUGUCAGCUGGAUACUCGGCCUUGGAAGGAGACAAAUUUCCGACAUUGCAUUUUAGGUCUUCUGAAGAGUUUGCUACAGUGGAAGAUAUUCGAAAUGCGGUGUGUAGGGGAGAUUAUUGGGCUGCAAUCUUUGCUCAGAAUGGUGCUUCAGACCGUUUGUCGGCUGCGCUGGGGGGUGGCGCUGCUGCUUCUGGAUACAACUCGAGUGAAACGUUGACAUAUGUGUACAACGAAGCUCGUUACCCCACUGUUCAGUCAAGCCACAUUCUGUCGAACAUGCAAACACUCAUCGGAACUGCCACUUCCAUAUACGGUUCUCUAAACGGGACUUCAGCUGCCAAAUUCCUCAACACUGACGACGCAAACGCUACGCUUGCCCUCCUGAAUCCAAUCUCAGCAUCCUCGAUCAACAUCAUGCCUACACCACAAGGAACCAAGGUCCUCUACAAUACCGUCACCUUGGUUCUCCCUAUAAUCCAGCAAUUUUUCUUCCUCUUGGCACUUAAUGGCAUCUCUACUCACUUCGGUAUUUACGGAUAUCUCUCUAGCCUCCAUGUUGGGCUGAUUCGAAUGGUCGUCGCCAUCAGUUAUACAUUUCUCGCCUCGCUGACACUCGUUGGGUAUAUCUGGGCAUUCAAGGAGGACUGGGGUGUGUCAGGCGGUCAAUUUGUCCUGACCUGGAUGGCGAUGUGGUUGUACAUGCACGUCAACUUCCUGGUUCUCGAUGCAGCAACGGCAUUUGUACCGCUGGCGUACCUGAGUUUCUUUGUCUUGCCGUGGGCGAUCAUCAAUAUCACAUCUACCAUUUUCCCGUUCGAGCUCAGUCCUGGAUUCUACAAGCUUGGAUACGCACUUCCAGGUCAUCAGGUGGUUAGCAUGUUAUUCCAGAUUUGGUCCGGAGGAUGCAACAACGAACUUUCGCGCUCUCUUCCUGUAUUGUUUGCCUGGGAGAUAUUUGGGUGGGUCGUAAGUGGGUGGGGAGUUGUGUAUCGAAAUAGAGCUGCACGAGAGGAGGUUCUGAAGGAGGAGGCGGAUGCGCGGAAGCCACCGCAGACUUCGUCAACUUCCAAUACCCAAGAAGUUCAGGAGAAACCCAAUCCGGAAUUGGAAAACUUGCGCAGAAAGAUAGAACGAAGGAACACUGGACCUCCAGGAUUACCGAUGCCGUUCCAGGGGAUGUAUCUCUUGGUGGAAGAUGGAGGAGAGCUUGGGUUGUAUAAUGUGAAGGAUAAGCGUACCUGA